UUGUUUAUUUGGUUUUAUCGAAGUGUCUUUAAUUCACUUGUUCCUAAUGUAACAUGUGAUACAUACUCUUAUCAUGUGCGUGUGUAGCCAAUCCAGCAAUGGUCUCAUCAGAUCCUGAAGCACUGCUACCUCCAAAUCGGGCAAUCGAAAAUUUCAAAUACCUACAACUCGCCAACGCAACAAACAACUUCAGCCUGGAUUCUAGGAUAGGACAAGGUGGAUUCGGCGAUGUAUACAAAGGGAAGUUAGAGAUUAACGGACAGUUAAAGGAUGUGGCUAUUAAGAUGCUUGAUCCGAGUGGUAAACAAGGAACCAAAGAGUUCCUUGCGGAAGUCCUAAUGCUCUCGAUUUUUCGCAACAAAAACCUCGUGAAACUGUGUGGUUAUUGCUGUCAAGGAGAUCAAAGAAGCAUCGUCUAUGAAUAUAUGCCUCUUGGAUCUGUUGAAGAUCAAAUCCACAAUUUCAAAUCUGUACAAGAGGCUUUAGAUUUGAGCACAAGGAUGAAGAUAGCUUUAGGAACAGCUAAAGGGUUAGCGUAUCUUCACGAUGAAGCACAAGUGAUCUAUAGAGAUAUGAAAACUGCAAACAUAUUGCUAGACCAUGAGUUUGAACCGAAGCUCUCUGACUUUGGGCUUGCAAAGCUUGGUCCCGGGGAAGGCAUGUCUCAUGUCACUACUAGAGUUAUGGGAACUCUUGGGUAUUGUGCACCCGAGUACGCGGCUACUGGGAAACUGACGAUGAAGUCUGAUAUUUAUAGCUUUGGAGUUGUGCUGUUGGAGCUUAUCACUGGACGCAAACCUUUUGGGGACUCAACCAUGGGUGCACAACGUUUACUUGUGCAAUGGGCACUGCCAUAUUAUAGGAACCUAAACAUAAGGCAGAUUACAGAUCCAAAGUUAUUAAUACAAGGUCAUCCGUACUUGGAAGAAGCUGCGAGAAGAGCCGUUCAGUUAGCCUAUAUGUGUCUAAGAGAAAACGCAAAAGCUAGGCCAACAAUAAGAGAAGUAGUCAAGGCUCUAGAGGUCAUAGUUGGGGACAUAGUGAGGAAACAUAAAGGCAAGAACAUUCAAUAUAAGCGAGGAGUAGAUAAAGGGAAGAAAAUUGAAGGGUCAACUGUUAGUGAAGAGGAUGAAGAUUUAGAGAGACAAAGAGAUCUUGCUGAUGCUAAGAGAUGGGCUAAGGGUUUAAGAAAUGAAAAGAGAAAAAGAGCAACGAGCUACCAAACCUGA